AAAUUCAGCAGUCAACGCUCGAGCCAACGAAGGAAACGACGACGACAACAACAACAACAACAUCAACAACAACGACAAGAGCAUUUAUUAAUAUCCAUCAAUUGAUCCCAUUUGACUCUACUGUGGACCCAUGAAAUUCAACACAGCGGAAUAUGACAUUGGCUAUCCGGUGUUUGAUGCCAAGUUCCUCAACGAUAAGACGUUGUUGGUUACCGGUGGUGGGCAUUCGGAGCCGGGUGCUACUGUCAACAGGUUGACGGCGCUAACGAUCCAGUUUGAGAAGAAGAAGAAGAUCAAGAAGUUUCGUGAGUUGAAAUUGAGCGAAGAGGAUGAUAUCCCCUACGUGUUGGAUGCGGCCAAUAAUCUGAUUUUUCUCGGUGCCAAUGAAAGCGCUGAGGCUAUAAGGGCAGGCCAUAACCACAACUUGAGGAAAUUUGUUUACAGGAAUGACCACUUGGUCUAUCUCACAUCUGCAUCGUUGGAACCGAUCGCAACUCCGUUGCAAUAUCAGAAGCUCAUUACGCUCUCGGAGGAUGGUGUUAUGGCGGCCACUGCCACCUCAAAGUUGCCGACAGUGAUUCAUAUUCUUUCAACGGAGAAGGUGUUUGAAAAGUAUGAGAUUGAGACAAACAACGAGGUUAAGGAUAUGGACUUUUCACCAGAUGGUAAAAUGCUAACAUAUAUCACUCCAACUACGCUUGAGAUCAUCUCUUCUGUCACUGGUAAGUCCUUGAUGAGAAAAACCGACUUCCAGGGAACACUUUCAAAGGUCAAGUUUCAAGAUAACAACAACGUGUUGGUUACGUAUAGUCUUCCAGAGUCAUCCGGCGUUGGGAUCUCAAGACUGUCCAUCAGAAAGAAGUUGAAAGUGGUUAAAGACAGAGUCAUUACCAAGAAAAUCAAAGGAAUCACCACCAUUGAUAUUAACGUUAAGAACGGUGUCAUAGCAUUGGCUGGUAAUGAAAAUUCUGUCAUAUUGUUGAAGAGCCAAAGUUUAAAGACUAUAAAGAUCGUUCCAAACGUUCAUGGGUUGAGUAUUACAAAAGUUUGUUUCACUCCAAACGGGAAAUUCUUGGCUACCGUUUCAGCUGCAAAGACCAUUAAGGUCCUGGAGAUUCCUGAUAAAUUAGGAAUUGAGACCCAUAGAAUCUACUACUUCUUCUUGAGACUGUUUCAAUUGGCGUUGUUUUGUGUCUUUGCUUCUGGUGCAUGGUUUUUGUACUAUGCUACAGGCUCAAACGACAAUGAACUGUUGGAGUACUUCACCUUGAUUCAAAAGACACAAACUACACAAUCUAGCAUCACCAGUUCUAUUGCUCCUGUGCUCACAUCAACUGCUCCAGAACACAUUUAUGAAGAUGAAAUAGCCGAAUCAGUCGCAGCUGUGUCCAUAGAAUCAACAGUUACUCUAACUUCAGAACCAGGACCAAAAACUUUGAUUGGUGAUUCAACCGUCAAGAAGAGAAAGAAAUACCAUUCCUAGUGAAACUGAAGAAGGGCCUGAUGAAGAGCCGGAAACAGUUAUAAGCGUGGGAACUGAAAAGGGUGUUACUAGGGAGCCAGAAGGAACGUCAGAU